AUGGCACACGAUGAAGUAUUCUCUGGGCCUAUGUCGGAGAGUGUUCCUUCCAGUACCGUAUCGUUUGCUCAUCGCCGGUCUCGAAACGAUUCAAUCGUUUCCUUUACUUAUCUUGAAGAUGACCAUCUCGGAUGGGAAAGCGAAGAAGCUGUGGAAUAUGACGGAGUAUCAGUUGACAGGGAAGUGAAUGACGAAUAUGAUGAACAGGAUUUGGUGCAAUUCCCUGGACGCGCGGGGAGUCGGUCAUACUCCCAACCAUCUAUCGAAGAUCCUCUACUAUCUCGGUAUGAAUCUUCACAUUCAUUGACAGAUUGGAAGAAGGGUGGGGGCCGCGUUAGUCAGAAGAUAUACAUCGUGACCGAGGACUUGACAGCUGUUAUCACAGGGUUUAGUACUAGCCCUAGUGGAUUUGCAGUUUACAUGGCCUUAUGCACAUUGUCUUUGGGCCUGGCUUAUCUUGUUCUACGUUGGGUCCCCAAGUGGCGUCUACGGUUGAUAGGAACCCCAGCGCCGCUUAGUGACUGCCAUUGGGCUGCAAUUGAAGACCAGUAUGGGCAGUUUGUGAUCCUCCAGAUAUCAAACCAAAACUACGGGUCCCCUCUAUCUACUGUCUUUAACAUUACCUCAUCGGGCACUUUAAAUCCAGAAAAUGAUGAGGACAACGACCCAGUUUUGACUUACCUGAGAUUUGUGGACUAUCGGUACUUGAGAUUUGUUUAUCACCCGCUCAAAGAUAAGUUCGAGGCGGUCAGCGGCUGGAAGGACCCGUGCUGGACAAAUAUCAAACUCAUGCGGCUGGGAUUGGAUGCCGACGAAAGAGACAGGAGAGAAUAUGUUUUUGGCCGAAACCUCAUUGAUGUGCAUCAAAAGUCCAUGCCUCAACUUCUCGUCGACGAGGUGCUUCAUCCUUUCUAUAUUUUUCAGGUUGCAAGUUUAGUUUUGUGGUCUCUAGACGACUAUUAUUAUUAUGCUGCAUGCAUCUUUUUCAUUUCUCUCUUUAGUAUCAGCGCUACCAUCAUAGAGACACGAUCAACAAUGUCCCGGCUGAGAGAAGUAUCUCAUUUCGAAUGCAAUGUGAGAGUGCUCCGAAACGGUUUUUGGCGAACUGUCCCGUCUACCAAUAUGGUCCCUGGUGAUGUUUUCGAAGUCUCGGAUCCAUCGCUGACUCAAGUACCCUGCGAUUGUUUGUUACUAUCAGGUGAUUGCAUAAUCAAUGAAAGCAUGUUGACCGGCGAGUCUGUUCCAGUUUCCAAAUCACCUGUUACAGAUGAUGUUCUUGACAGCCUCGACUUAAAAGCACCCUCCAUUCAUCCAGCUAUAGCCAAAAAUUUCCUUUUCUAUGGCACGAAAAUGAUACGCGCGAGAAAGCCGCGUGAUACUGAUGGUGAAGCUGUUGCUCUUGGGAUUGCUCUACGUACCGGUUUUUCUACCACCAAAGGCUCCUUAGUUCGCUCAAUGCUUUUCCCGAAACCUUCUGGCUUCAAGUUCUACCGAGACUCUUUCCGCUAUAUUUCAGUAAUGGGAGUUAUUGCAUUGUUCGGUUUCAUGGCUUCAUUUGCGAACUUCAUCAGACUUGGGCUUUCUUGGCGCACUGUCAUAGUUAGGGCUCUUGAUCUUAUAACUAUAGUCGUUCCACCGGCAUUGCCAGCGACUCUCACUAUAGGAACGAAUUUUGCAUUAAGUCGGCUGAAAAAAGAGCAGAUAUUCUGCAUAAGUCCACAGAGAGUUAAUGUUGGGGGUAAAUUAGAUGUUGUCUGUUUCGACAAGACCGGAACAUUAACCGAAGAUGGGUUAGAUGUGCUCGGUAUCCAAACAGUUGAUAGGAACGUGAGGUUCAGUGAUAUGUUUUCUAACCCGGGAGACAUAUUCUCCAGUGUUAAUUCGCGACGAAAUACUUCGGUUUACUAUGGUAGAUGCAGAGAAGUUAUCCAUACCAUGGCGACUUGUCACUCUCUCCGGGUUGUUGACGGAGAGCUUCUCGGUGAUCCUCUUGACAUUAAAAUGUUCGAAUUUACUGGUUGGACGUUUGAAGAAGGUGGCAAUGCACAGGUUGAUAAUCAAACAAGCAUUAAAGGGGAUACAAUCAUACCCUCAGUUGCGAGACCCCCUAAUGUGAGCUAUGGUUUCCAGAAUGAGCAAGAAGGACGCCUCGAGUUAGGCAUAUUGAGGUCAUUCGAAUUUGUUUCUCAACUUCGCCGUACCAGUGUUGUGGUCCGACAGUUCGGUGACAACGGUGCCAGUAUAUUCGUAAAAGGCGCCCCGGAAUGUAUGAAGGAUAUCUGCCGCAUCGACACCUUGCCACAAGAUUUCGAUGAAUUGUUGAAUUUUUAUACCCACAGGGGCUAUCGAGUCAUUGCCUGUGCUGCAAAAUACGAAAGCAAACUAAGCUGGAUGAAAAUCCAGAAAAUGUCAAGAGAACAAGCCGAAUCCAAUCUGACCUUUCUUGGCUUCAUAAUAUUUGAGAAUAAACUAAAGAAUACAACGGCACCCGUCAUAAGCGAAUUAAGAAGGGCUGGAAUACGCAAUGUUAUGUGUACAGGCGAUAACAUUCUCACUGCCAUAAGUGUCGCUCGUGAUUGCGGUUUAAUAGACCAGGACGCUUCUUGUUUUGUUCCUCGCUUUUCUGAAAAUACCCACCAUCUUGAUCCUAACGCUACUUUACUUUGGGAAAACGUUGAUAACCCAGCUGUCAAGCUUGACGAGCUAUCACUUAUGCCAAUGUUCAAUUCUACAGACAACGACAUCUCCGGGCCUUUCGCUAAUUUUAACAUGCGCACAUAUUCUUUGGCAGUCAGCGGAGAUGUUUUCCGAUGGCUUAUCAGUUAUGGAAACGAAGAAACGCUUAAAAGAGUUCUAAUAAAAGGUCAAGUCUUCGCUCGGAUGUCCCCGGAUGAAAAGCAUGAGCUUGUUGAAAAACUUCAGACUUUAGAUUACUGCUGCGGGUUUUGUGGAGACGGAGCGAACGAUUGCGGCGCUCUUAAAGCUGCAGACGUUGGGAUAUCUUUGUCUGACGCAGAAGCGUCAGUUGCUGCACCUUUUACAAGCCGAGUUUUUGAUAUAUCAUGUGUUCCAAAGCUUAUAAAGGAGGGACGAGCUGCGCUUGUGACAAGUUUCUGUUGCUUCAAAUAUAUGAGUCUUUAUUCCGCCAUUCAGUUCACCAGUGUGAGCUUUCUGUACACAUCAGCUUCGAAUUUGGGAGAUUUCCAGUUCCUUUUUAUUGACUUGGCUGUGAUACUGCCUAUAGCCAUUUUUAUGGGCUGGAAUGGCCCUUUUCCAGUUCUGACAUAUAAGCGACCAACCGCGGAUCUUGUCUCUCGAAAAGUCCUAGUUCCUCUGAUCGGACAAAUGGCAAUAGCUGCAUUGACACAGUUCAUAGUGUUUGAGAUUGUCCAGACAAGGCCUUGGUUCAAACCUCCAAAGGUUGACUUGGAUGAUACUAACAUUGAGAAUUCCGAGAAUACGUCAUUGUUUCUUAUUUCGUGUUAUCAAUACAUAUUCGCCAGCAUUGUAUUGAGUGUCGGGCCACCAUUCCGGCAGUCGAUACUUAAAAACGCCCCGUUCCUCGUUACAGUUGGUCUGGAUUUGGCUAUUUCGACAUUCAUGCUGGCGGGAUCUUCAAAGGUCUUUACGCGCAUAAUGCAGCUGACGACGAUGUCCGGGGAAUUUAAAAUAUUCCUUUGCUUGUUGGCACUGGGCAGUUUGACAAUCUCCUGGAUAGGGGAGAAACAUGUUUUCCCCUCUCUGGCUCGUGCUAUGGGACGGGGAUGUCUUGGACUUCGACCCAAAGUCCAAAAACGUAGACGACAGUAUAAGGUGAUCCAGGAGCAGAUGAGGAUCUAG